CACAUUCUUUUCCAUGCAAUUCAAGUAGCGCAUACCCUUUACCACGACUUUAUUGACACGUCACUUUCGAAUCAAGGCAUUGGGUUCAACGUCGAAACGCAACAUGGCGGCCGAACAGCGCAAGCUGCUCGAGCAGCUGAUGGGCGAACAAUUCAUGGGCGGCGCUUCCUCAAGAAGUGCAAACCUCACGCUUUCAUCCCCUAACGUAUGCCGAUCCUACCUUGUGGGCACAUGCCCUCACGAUCUCUUUACAAAUACGAAGCAAGAUCUCGGUCCUUGCCCAAAACCACACCCUGAACACUUGAAGAUGGAAUACGACGCACUCUCACCGGCAGAGAAACAAAAAUAUGGCUAUGAGUACGACUAUCUACGGGAUAUGCAGAAGUACAUCGAUGACUGCAAUCGCAGGAUUGAUCAGGCGCAGCGAAGGCUAGAAAAGACACCGGACGAAAUUCGACAGACCAAUAACCUGCUGAAAACGAUAUCAGACCUGACCAAGACAAUCAACACAGGUCUUCUGGAGGUGAACUGCCUCGCGGGUAUUGGCUCGGUGUCGUUAGCUUGCUCCGAGUUUUACAAGGUCCGGACAGCAAAGGUCGCGAAAGAGCAGGCUGAAAGGGAUCUGAAAUCACUCUCAGACACGAGUGGACCCUCAGGGCAUCAGAAGCUGCAGGUCUGCGAUGUCUGCGGCGCGUAUCUCUCCAGGCUGGACAACGACAGACGGUUGGCCGACCAUUUCUAUGGCAAAAUGCACCUCGGCUAUGCACAGAUGCGAAAGACCUACGAACAGUUACAGAAGGAUUUGAAGGGUCGACCUCCUCCGUCAAGGCCAGAGGAAAACGGCCCCGCCGGUCCACGAGGGUAUGAUGACGGCGGCUAUGGCGAUGGCGGUGGUUGGGGUGGUCGUGGAGGAUACGGUGGUCGAGGCGGCGGAUACAGAGGCGGUGGUGGUGGCGGCUACAGCCGACGAGGUAGAGGACGGUGGUAGCACCACCACUCGCAGGUCCCCUCUCUUGACACAGUGAACUCAGAGGACAGCCAUCUCAUCGACCACACGACAGGUAUCGAGAACAGGAAGGAGCGUGAGGGAGUCAGUGAUCCGGGCGGACCAAGCGGCCGACGAGGCAGUGCGAGAUGGUAGAAACGACUCAACUUUCCCGAUGAGCUGCAUAGCGACGGCGUCGAUGGCGUUCUGGAUUUGGAGGAAUUUUAUUGACCGUCAAGGCUGGAAGGUUUUGUAGGGUUUCCAUGUUAUAUGAACGGACAUGUCAGCGAUACCCAACCCUACCUAUAGACAGAGUCAUGCCCAAUCAAGAAGACUAUGUCAAGCG